UGUUUAGCAAGUCCCUGCACUACAUGAUAGGCUGAACUUCCCCGAAGUUUCAUUGCAUACAGCUGCAAACAUUCGACCUAAAGUUGCUCUCCUUGUCCUGAAGUAUCUCCAUUCCAUAGAAAAGUUGGAUCCCAGUGGUGAGAAGAAAGUGAGGACACUAUGCUUGGCAUCUGAACAAAAGUUCACAGGUUAUCGCUUUGAAGGAAGAAAAGAGAAGACAAACAAUGGGAAACACUAUAAAGACAGUGAAAACCACACCUCAGAUCAACAGUGCAGCCUGGCAAACUGGUCACAGGAGUGAUUUUCUCGCUGUUCUCUAUGACUAUCCCACCCCUGAUAUAAGCCAGCCUAUUUUUCAAGUUGGGGAGAAACUACGUGUGAUUUCAGAUGAAGGAGGCUGGUGGAGAGCCCGAUCCCUCACUACAGGUCAUGAAAAUUAUAUUCCAGAAAAAUGCGUAGCAAAAGUUUAUCAUGGUUGGUUGUUUGAAGGUUUAGGAAGAGACAAAGCUGAAGAACUUCUGCUCCUUCCUAAUACCAGAAUUGGAUCUUUCAUGAUUAGAAAGAGCGAAACAACAAAAGGUCUAUAUUCCUUAUCAGUCCGUCACAUUCAUGUGAAACAUUACAGGAUCUUUCGCCUGCCAAACAAUUGGUAUUAUAUCUCUCAGCGGCAAACCUUUCAGUGCCUUGAGGACCUCGUAAAUCACUACUCAGAGGUAGCCGAUGGUCUCUGCUGUGUGCUCACAACUCCCUGCCUCACCCAACACAUUAUUCACAACGAAGGAAGAAAUCAAGAGCCUCCCGUCGUGAUGCGCAAGAAAACCUUCAAGUGGAAAGAUAAUCAGAGAUCAAAGGUGAACAAGGACGAAAUUGUGGACAUGCUCGGGAUGGAGGACUCCGGACUCAGCUUUGGACUCCGGAACAGCAUCAGCACUUAUUUAUCCCUAACAGAUGAAAAUGACCCAUCUUAUUUGAGCACAAAGAAGAAGAAAACUCAAUCCGUCAUAUACCGGUCCAACUUCACAUCGCAGCCAACCUUCAUGUAUCAUGAAGACUGAACCUGAGAAAAUUGGACUCAGACAAGCAAGGAACUGAGAAAUUCUACAUUUAAGUACUGUUGUUUUUGCACUCUUUUAAAUAUCAUAAUUAUCAUUGCCAGGUUCAGGAGAGGCCAUACUAUCAAGGACAAAAACCUGCAGACUGACUUUCAAAGUUCGGAGCAAAUAUGAGCAGUUGUCCACAUUGAGAAGAAGCAUUCUGCUCAGAGGAAUUUGAAAAAGUGCACUUCCCCCGAAGGACAAUCAGAUUGUAAUAGAUGUAUUUCCAUGGGUUUUAUAUGGCUAUUCCCUCACAUUAGUGUAGACUCACUUAAUCAUCUGGACCUAGUUGAGUUUAUACUUACUUGAAACCCACCAAACCAGUGUGUUUAGUCUAGAGCUGGGGACUAGCGGCUUUGAUGUCAAUGGGGUUGUACGAGGGUUGAAGAAAAAGUAAUGCCUCCACCUUCAUAACACCUCAACAGAUGGUA